UCGACACAACACUCCCAGACCCAUUUACUGCGCAGAAAUACCCAACGCACCACCAGCUACGACGAUCCGCGACGAAAACAUACCCAUCGAACUGGUCCUCCGCGUCUAGCGCACCGCAGCCAUGCCUAUCGGCGCAGGAGGGUAUACACCUCUGGACGCGCCUGGCACUGGAACAAAUGCUGCUCCCUCGCAGCCCAAGAAAGUCGCAUACUUCUACGACAGCGACGUCGGCAACUACGCUUACAAUGCCGGUCAUCCCAUGAAACCGCAUCGUAUCCGAAUGGCACACUCGUUGAUUAUGAACUACGGGCUGUAUAAGAAAUUGGAGAUCUAUCGUGCGAAGCCCGCGAGCAAGUACGAGAUGACCCAAUUUCAUACCGACGAGUAUGUCGACUUCCUGCAACGCGUCACCCCCGACAACAUGGACAACUUCAUGAAAGAACAAGGCCGAUACAAUGUGGGCGACGACUGUCCCGUUUUCGAUGGCUUGUUCGAAUUCUGUGGCAUCAGUGCAGGAGGAAGCAUGGAGGGUGCUGCACGAUUGAAUCGGCAGAAGUGCGAUGUCGCUGUCAACUGGGCUGGAGGUCUGCAUCACGCCAAGAAGAGUGAAGCUUCGGGCUUUUGCUACGUGAAUGACAUUGUCCUCGGAAUUCUCGAACUCCUGCGAUUUCACGAGCGCGUUCUAUACAUCGAUAUCGACGUGCAUCACGGCGACGGUGUCGAAGAAGCCUUCUACUCCACCGAUCGUGUAAUGACGGUCUCUUUCCACAAGUACGGCGAAUACUUCCCUGGUACCGGCGAACUUAGGGACAUUGGUGUAGGCCAGGGCAAGCACUACUCGGUCAAUUUCCCGCUUCGAGAUGGUAUUGACGACACGAGCUACAAGGGCAUCUUUGAGCCAACCAUUGGCUGGGUAAUGGAAUACUACAGACCGACUGCCGUUGUCCUUCAGUGUGGCGGUGACUCCUUGUCCGGCGACAGGCUAGGUUGCUUCAACUUGAGCAUGCGAGGACAUGCAAACUGUGUCAACUUCGUCAAGAGUUUCAACCUCCCCACACUCGUCCUUGGUGGAGGUGGUUACACGAUGCGCAAUGUCGCACGGACGUGGGCUUACGAGACUGGACAACUGGUGGGUGUCGAGAUGGGGCCUGACCUUCCGUUCACGGACUACUACGAGUAUUAUAGUCCGGAUUUUGAGCUGGACGUCAAGCCUAGUAACAUGGACAAUGCCAAUUCGCACGAGUAUCUUGAGAAGAUCAAGCAGCAAGUACUUGAGAACCUGAAGCGCACAACACAGCAUGCGCCCAGUGUGCAAAUGCACGACGUACCUCGAGAGCCCCUUGGCAUGCACAAUUCCGGGCCCGACGGGGAGCCCGAGACAUUUGAUGAGCGAGAAGCACGAGAGGACGACGAAGAAGCAGACGCCGAGGAGAGCAAGGAUCGCAGAUGGAAUCAACGCGCAUACGACAAGCACACCACAAACGAUCUGGACGAUGAAGACUCGGAAGACGAGGACCUGAACUUCGCAAAUGGCCUUCGCAAGCCUCCCGCUGCGAGGAGAAUCGGCAUCAUGGAUACACAGAACGUGCAUGCUCCGGUAGACGACAGCGGCGCCAACACACCCGCAGAUGAUGAUGCGCGCAGUGUCAACGGAGACGGCAACGACGAGGAAGAUGGUGCUGAAGAAGCCAUGCAGGUCGACGGCGCCGCUGAUGUCGCGGCGGCAAAUGCCACUGUUGCAGAAGCAAUCCUCGCUGACAAGGCCAAAUCUCCUACACCAGGCGCACUCACCAGCGCACUCACCAGCGCACCACAGCCCAAAGUCGAGCAGACGUCAAAUCAAUCCGAAGUCAGCGCAGAGGACGCUGGAGAUGAAGCGGACGAUGAAAUGGCCGACGCUCCUCCUGCUCCUGCCGCUGUCAGUGCUGCCGUCCCACAAGUCACGACUCCUCCCCGCUCACCUGCUGCUGCGACUGGUGCGCCCAUUACAGCGGAUACCUCAGGGGACGAAAAGGAAGAUGUCGAGAUGAAGGACGAUGCGCCGGAGCCGGAGAAGCUGGCCGAGAAGGAGGAAGCGAAGCAGGAGCGAGAAGCUGACGACGCAAAAGCUGAAGCGACAACACAGAUCGCCACGAGUGAUGCCCCGCCCGCGGCUUAGGAGAGGGGCGGACGUGGUCAUCGCGGAAUUCGAGGGAGCCCGCGAGGCAGACCGAGAGGCAGCAGAUCUAGAGGCAGAUCGAGGAGGAGCCGUUGAUACGUCCAAUGGGCCCAUGGAUUGGCGCGGCUGGCAAGUGCCUGAGUCAAGAGGCCUUCAAGCUUGAGGAAGCCUUUCUAGCGCGUGAGAAAUUCCCGCGAACGAGAUGCUUCAGGUCCAUUGGCCGUUCAGUCCACCGCUGGGCCAUCUGACGAGAUCUUCUUGGCUCACAAUGUCCAAGACACGGCAUUCCGGCAGCCCGAGACGACAGUGCUGCAUAUUUACGAAGCUCGGAACAGGCCUUCACGGGACUUUGGUGAGAUGAUUAUUGGCAUUAGCGUUGGCGUUCGUUGUUUCUCUGUUCUUGUUUUCAUCAUGGAAUAUGAGCAAGUGUAAGGAAACAGAGACCUCGAGGACUGGAAGAGUCUGAGGAUUGACAGCAGAAUCGAAUAGAUAAUAUCUUUCGUUUGAAGAUGAUACUUGGAGUCUACUACGAAGUGUGUAAGGCUGUAGGCUACCCAUUCAGCUUGAUUUUCUGCCG